AUCAGUAGCUUCCAACGAUUGGAACGGGACGAUUGGAGCUCUUUAAAUUAUUUGUAAUAAAAUAAAAGUUUAUUUUGUUUCAAAAUCUUUGUGAAAUGGCCAAUCGGAUGAGAGGAGGGGCCUGCUGUCCUUCAAGAUGUGGACCCGCCUGUCCACCUUGUCCACCCUGCCCGCCCUGUGAUCCACCUCUGGUACGUCUGAAAAAACUGUGGCCAGAGCCCUAUGAUCCCUGCUCCUUUAAGAACUGUCUGAUCUUUGGCGGUCAUGAUGAACCCUAUGUGCAACCCUUUGAUCCCAAGGCUUGUGCUCGAAUGCGUCGUAAUGAUAUAGACCGAUCUCUGGGUUACCCUAUAGGCGUAGUUUCCGGUACCAUAAUUGUAAAGGCGGGCAUUCCGAAUCAGGAGAGCGUUCGAUUUGGUGGAAAUCUCAAGGGAUUCGCUCACUCCUAUUACACCCGUCGCGAUGAAUGGAAGCCCGAGACCAUCGACAUGAUAGUAAACGAAGGUCAGGUGUUGUUCAACGAUUCUGAGAAUAUGUAUCCCCCGAAUGCGGUGGAAGCACCCGAUAUAUACGAUGAAAAUGAGCAAAGGGUUACUCGACACUUUAAAAUCAACGAUAUUGAGUUUGCCAUGGAGUUGGAGGCGCCCUUCGAAAUCUACGGCUAUGAAAAUAUCAUACACAAUCUACGCAGGAUCUUAAGAGCCUUUUUUAAGAAGGCCAAAUAUGGGAUUUUCUAUACACCCAACUGGUAUUUGCUGAUUUGGAAGGAGAAGGGUGUGUGGAUGGUAUUGGAUCUGAAUGGCAGGGAUAAGAGCACUAUGAAACCCAAUUACGAAGAGGGUUAUCCUCUGCUCUUGUGCCUGAAGUCCUUCGACAAUGUCAUUUGGUUAAUUAAAAAGGAGAGUGAUCUAGAAAAGACUUCUAGGUUUACGAUUAGAGAGAUCUUAGUGGUUCGCAUGGCCACUCCCGGAAAUACAGGACAAAGUUGGGAGCGAGAACAUGGAAUGCGAAUGAGUCAAUUCGAUGUGAUAGCCUCUGAUUAUGCCUAUGUCAAGUCCAAUCUUCAUUUAACGCUGAACUCAAAGGAUGCCCUGAGGAACCGUAGUGCCCUACCAGUUGCUGUGGCCACAGCUUUGGCCUCCAAAAUCGAUCAUCCAGCCACAUGGGACCAGAAGAUGUACGACAAGGUCAUGUGCUAUGGCGUUAAUAUGUGCAAAAAUUGCUGGGAACCCUGUGUGGAUCUCAGUAUGCCCAUGGACCUAGAUGAUUUCCCACGACAGAUUCGCAUGGGUCAGUUUGUGGCCGAGAUAAUGCUUACUCCCAAUGUUUACGAGGGCUGGUGGAAGUGUGUGCCGAUGUACAAGUUCAACGAUUUUCAUCUGAUGUUGGAGAAGGCCCUGGAUCAAAAUGAUUAUGUGAUCUUCCAAAUCAACAAUCAAAUGUACUCGCUAUGGAAGAAGUCAGACUUUAUCUAUCUAAUGGAUCCGUAUCGCCACAAUAUAGUGGGUCGCAUUUUAGAGGAGGGUGAGGAUCCGAAGAGUGCUACGGUCAGGAUGUUCGGAAAUAUGGAUCGUCUGUUGAGUGUCUUUCAUCAGAUUCUACUAGAAUCGAACCGAUCGGCUAUUUUCCAUAUACAUACUCUAAGGAUAAGAAAUAUAACUGAAUGUCCUCCCGGAACUGCUCCUGCUUUACUUCCUCCCGAUGAAGAUGUGGAGGUACGAUCUCUUAAUGAGAACAUUCGCUUCGAUGAGAACUACGACAAGUGCCUGCAAGAGCUGGGCGAGAUUAGCGACUUUGAGGAGGAUCUGGUCUCUGAGAUCGAACCCAUUGUGGAGGUCAGUUCCUCCGAGGAGAUGGUCGAGGAGGAAGAAGGUGGUGGCGGCGGAGAAGUCGAAGGAGGCGAGGGAGAAGACGAUGAAGAUUAGCCCCAAGGACUUCUUCUCAAUAGAAAAUUUUCGGUAUUUCUUAUACAUUUUUUACUUCAAGGUUUUCAGGAUUUACGAUUUAAUUAUUUCAUUAUCUGAUCAUGUGUACAAAUUUAGAAUAUAAAUUUAAGUCAAUCAA